GUGGCUUAAGGGCUUUGAGGACGAUCGCCAGGAGACUGAUGUUCACUACAACUCUCUGACUGGGGAGGGUAACUUCAACUGGCGCCUGGUGUUCCCCUUUAACUACCUGCCUGCCGAGAAGGUGGUGGUAGUCAGUAAGAGGGGCAGCAUCUUCUCCCUGGACAAGACAGAGCAGAAGCUGCCGGCCAUGUUGGUGAUGCAGGUCUGGGACUUUGACAGGCUGUCGUCUGAUGAUUUCUUGGGUACAGUAGAGCUGGACUUACAUGGGUUUCCUCGCGGGGCCAAGUCAGCCAAGGCCUGCAAGAUGGACAUGCUGAUGGACAGCGUAGAGACGAUCUCCAUCUUUCAACAGAAGAGGUCCAGGGGCUGGUGGCCCUUUGUCAAGGCCGGGGAACUCACGGGGAAAGUAGAGGCGGAGUUCCACCUGGUGACAUCAGAGGAGGCAGAGAAGAAUCCGGUUGGUCGAGCCCGCAAGGAGCCUGAACCCCUGGAAAAACCCAACCGGCCAGACACGUCAUUCUCGUGGUUUGUGAACCCUUUUAAGUGCUUCUUCCACCUGAUCUGGAGGAACUAUAAGAAGUACAUCAUCAUCGCUCUGGUCCUGCUCAUCACAGCUCUGUUCAUCGCCCUGCUGCUCUACACCCUGCCAGCAGCCAUCUCACAGAAGAUAGUCAAUGGUUAACACACUGCACUACCACAGCUGACUGACUAGCUGACUGACUAGCUGACUGGCUGACUGACUAGCUGACUGACUAGCUGACUGACUGACUGACUAGCUUGCUGGCUGGCUGACUAGCUGGCUGACUGACUAGC